AUGAAAAUAUUUAAUUUUCGUUUAACAUUAUUUGCAAUUAAUUAUUAUUUGACUACAUUUUCCGGAUGUCUGAACAAUAAUUUGGCAUUAACACCGCCGAUGGGUUGGUCGGCAUGGAAUAGAUUUCGUUGCAACACGGAUUGUAAAAAUUUUCCGAAAGAAUGUAUCAGUGAAUGGUUGUUUCGAGACAUGGCCGAUAAAAUGUUGGAGGACGGUUAUCUAUCAGCGGGUUAUCAGUACAUAUUGAUAGACGAUUGUUGGAUGUCUAAAAGACGUGACAAGAACAAUCGUCUGACACCGGAUGCGCAAAGAUUUCCAAGCGGUUUAAAAAAUUUAUCUGAUUACAUUCACGAGAAAGGAUUAAAAUUUGGCAUAUAUGCGGAUUACGGUAAGAAAACAUGCGAAGGUUAUCCGGGAACGUUAGAAAUAAACAUGGCGACAGAUGCGAAAACGUUUGUUGAAUGGGGAGUCGAUUUUAUUAAACUUGACGGAUGUUUUACGGAUCCCCUCGACAUGGAAUUGGGUUUUAUCAAUUUCGGUUAUUGGAUGUGGAAAAUGGGUAGGCCUAUGGUAUACGCAUGCAGUUGGCCGAUUUAUCAAAAUUAUAUGGGAAUUUCGCCGAAUUACACCCUAGCAGCAAAAGUUUGUAAUUCCUGGAGAGUUUAUAAAGAUAUACAAGAUUCUUGGAGCAGCGUUAGAGAUGUUAUUACUUAUUUUGGAGAAUUUCAAGAUAUUUUUUCUAAUUUUGGAGGACCUGGACACUGGAACGAUCCAGAUUCUUUAAUAAUUGGUAAUUUCGGUUUGAGUUACGAACAAGCAAAAGUUCAAAUGGUUAUAUGGUCGAUACUUUCGGCUCCUUUAAUUAUGUCUCACGACUUGAGAAACGCUCAUCCUAAUUUUCGUAACAUUUUACUUAAUACGGCCCUUAUUAGUAUUAAUCAAGAUCCCCUUGGAAUACAGGGAAGAAGAAUAUUUAUCGACAAAAAGAAAAAAUACGAAGUAUGGACAAAAGCUGUUGUUCCUGUCGAAUGCAAUAUAUUUUCAUGGAUUAUCGCUCUUUUAAAUGUAAACGACGAAGGAGAACCGUCAACGGUUGUUUUCCCAUUGAAAUAUACAAAAUUAAGAGGAAAAUUUCGUUGUUACGAUAUAGAAAACGUUUUGGAACCGGAUGAAGUCAUUGAAUUUACAAAUAAACGUGAAUUAGUCACGAGAAUACCACCCUUGGAAAACUUUUUUGUUGUUUUAUUAUUAUUAUUGUCGUGUCUUUAG